AUGUCUACUUUAACAACAUCCGCUAUUGAUGCUGGGCAUCUUGAUUCAUACCAUGGAAACGCUUCGGAAAGCUCCCGAAGGUUAACUUUACAAGACUUAUUAUUAACUGAACCUGUACAACGAUCUGGAAGCAAUCAUUCUUCUCCUGUUGGUUGUAGUAGAACACCUUCACCUACUGAACCUACAAACUCUACAUUGAUGCAAUAUCAUAGUCGUCAUACAAUUGAUUCUUUUAAACUUACAUUACCAACUCCUUUAACAUCACCCAAUCCAGGUCCAACAAUUCCUCGAGUUCAAUCAUAUCAUGGAUAUCCUUCAACUCCUUCUUCACCUACACCGAUCACACCAAUUCAAUUAGAUGAACAAAGUUCUUAUAUGCAAACUUUAGCUACAUCAGGAACUGUUACACCUCUCUCACUUUCUGAACGUCGUGAGAGAAAUAAAGUAGCAUCAGCAAAAUAUCGCGCAAAAAAACAUAAACAAAAUCAAGAAAUGAGUACACAAAUUAAUGAAUUAAUUGCCGAAAAUAAUGUAUUAACAAGACAAUUAGAAGAAAUGAGAGCUGAAAAUAAUGAAUUAAAAGAAUUAGUUGAUAAACUUAAAAGUAAAUUAGUUGAAGGAAAAAUAUUGAAAAGAUUAGGUCGUGGUGCAAAAUUAACCGCUGCUGUAACUAAUACUAUUGGAACUACUACUGAAGGACUUGCUUCCCUUUCUACAACCGUAAGAAAAGGUACAAGACGAAAUGGUUAUAGUGGGCAUGCAAAAGGAACUGAAGCCACGGCAAAAAAUUCCAGAAAAUAA